UAAAGAUUGGGAUGGUGAAGAUUUUGAAGAAGAUGAGGAAAGUGAUGAUGAGCUUGAUGUCUCAGAUGAAGAUGAUUCUUACUAUACAAAGAGAUCUACCAAAGGUGGACGUAAAGGUGGUCGUAAUGUAAAACCUGCUAGAGAACGCAAAACAUUCCAGGCAUCCAGCCGACAGAAGAGGAAACCAUCCUUUGAAGAAGAUGAGUACACAGCAGAGGACUCUGACAGUGAAAGUGAUGAGGAUUUCAAGAGCAUGACAAGACGGGGUGCACAUCUCCGUAAGAACAAUGGCCGUUCAACUUUGUUAGCAAGUACUACAGGGCGCCAUAAUGAGGUUCGCACUUCUACUAGUCUGUUCGAAAAGUAUCAUAUGCCGAAAGUGAGGAAGUGAAGAAGUUGAUGAAGGCAAGAAGACAAAGCCCCAAAAGGAUGAAGUUGAAGAAGAAGAUGGUGACAUCAUUGAGAAGGUGCUAUGGCAUCAGCCAAGGGGUGUGGCUGAAGACGCAAAAAGAAACAAUAGAUCAGCAGAGCCUGUUCUUUUAAGCCAUUUGUUUGAUUCUGAACCUGAUUGGAAUGAGAUGGAAUUCUUGAUAAAAUGGAAAGGCCAAUCACAUUUGCAUUGCCAGUGGAAAUCAUUCUCUGAACUUCAAAAUCUUAGUGGUUUUAAGAAAGUUCUAAAUUAUACAAAGAAAGUGACGGAGGAUAUUAGAUACCGGAGGAAAAUCUCACGAGAGGAGAUUGAAGUCAAUGAUGUAAGCAAGGAAAUGGACUUGGAUCUCAUCAAGCAAAAUAGUCAGGUGGAAAGAAUAAUUGCUGAUCGAAUCAGUAAAGAUUCCUCUGGUAACGUAACACCAGAGUACUUGGUGAAGUGGCAAGGACUAUCUUAUGCUGAAGCAACAUGGGAGAAGGAUAUCGAUAUUUCAUUUGCUCAAGAUGCUAUUGACGAGUACAAGUCUCAUUUCUGGUAA